AUGUUGAACAGUCAGGAGCUCCCCAUGAUGUGCAGUCUCUGCAAGCGUCCUGCUACUACCACUGGGGAGCACCAAGCCUGUGCUUUAUCGUGUGGCCAUAUUUUUGGAUAUAGCUGCAUUAUUAAUUAUUUUUCUUUAAAUCCUGACUGUCCUUUUUGCAAUACACCCAUCAGACAACGAGAAAUUCGCAUGUUAUUCUUUGAUAAUCACAUUCCUUUUUCAGAGGACGUCUUAAAAUCAGAACAUCAAAAAUUAAGAUUAAAAGAAGAUGAUUAUCAAGUACUUAUAAAAGAAAAGGCACAAUUAGAGAAACAAUUGGCACAACUACGAGAUGAUUUAGCUGCUAGAUACCAGCCGACAUACGAAAAAUCGCAAAGAAAAACAAUUCGCGUUUUAAAUCAACCAUCAAUCGUUUUAAACAGACCAAUCAACGAAGGAAAUAGAGUAUUAUUCAUAGGUGAUUACAUAGUAUACACAGAAUGCUUUUCAGAUCAAGUUUUCGGCAUAACAUAUGGAGAUAUCGACGAUCCACAAAAUUUUCAAAGAUUGAGUCUCCAUACGAUGCAGAUUCGAGAUAUGUCAGUCCACCCCUCUUCGACAUCCAUCAUUUCUACAGUUUCUAUCGAUAAAACCGUUUCAAUUGUAGAUUUAAUCAGCCAAAGGGUCUCUAGAGUAGACAUGGGAGUUCCUCUAUGGUCAUGCUGUUGGUUUGAUGACUCCACGGUCAUUGUUGGUGGCGAUAGAGGCACAAUUAUUGGAGUUAAUGUAAAUACGAUGCAAAAAACUUUCGAAAAGAGCGAACCAGGUCCACCUAUCUUUUCUCUUAAGACAAUAACUCCAACGACUGUUCUCACAGCCAACGGAAGACACACGCAAAUCUUCGAUUUGAACCAACAAAAGUUUUUUCCUGUUGAAGCUGCAGCGAACUCAGUUUUAUUCAAUGACGAGAAGCUCACGAACAUGCAGCAGCUCUUGAUAAUGACGAGGACAAGAGAGAAAGACGCACACGCAUUGUUCUGCAAGCUCCAAAACGGUGCUCCGUGGCCAGCUGUUUCUAUAAAGAUUCCUUACUUUUCUGGACUGAUAAAACCAUCUCUUGUUGAAACAGGAGGACAGAUAUACGUCGCACUGCCAAUGGAAGAUGAAAACGACUUCUCAUUCAGAAUGAUAUCAAAUCCACAAGUUGAUCUCUUCAUGAAGUGGAGAAACAGAUUUCCAAAACUUUCUAAACCUCCUUCUGAUUUGGCAAUGAUUGUGAAUGAUGACUUCCUUUUGGCUGUCGUCACAAAGGACAUGAUAAGAGUCUACGCUCUACCUAUAGAGACUGAUUAA